UGUCAACUGUCGAAUUGUCGUCAUUCGGUCAUUGUCAAAUGUCAAUUGAAAGAUGGAGGAAGUUUUUGUAUAAAAAUAUGUGACCGGUGGAAGGUGGACCAAAAAAAUACUAUUUAGGACGUAUUUUUUUAGAAAAAGUAGCAACAGUUAAAAACCAAAUGGGGCAGCACGUGUCUAGAACGGAUUUUGAAUGGUCGUAUACCGAAGAACCUCACGCAAGUCGUAGGAAGAUAAUUCUAGAAAAAUACCCCCAAAUAAAGAAACUUUUUGGAUACGAUCCCAACUUCAAAUGGGUUGUUACGGGUAUGGUUCUUCUCCAGUUCCUUAUGAUGUAUCUGUUGAAGGACAAAUCAUGGCUAGUACUAAUUCUAAUGGCUUAUUGUUUUGGAGGAGUUAUAAAUCAUUCUUUAAUGUUAGCUAUUCAUGAAAUCUCACACAAUUUGGCUUUUGGUCAUUCUAGACCAAUGCACAACAAACUUUUUGGAUUCUUUGCUAAUCUCCCUAUAGGCAUACCAAUUUCCAUAAGUUUCAAGAAAUAUCAUCUUGAACACCACAGGUAUCAAGGUGAUGAACAAAAAGAUACAGAUAUACCUACCUACAUUGAAGCUAAACUCUUCUGCACAACAUUUGGAAAAUUUGUUUGGGUUAUGCUGCAACCAUUUUUCUAUGCCUUCAGGCCUCUGAUAACCUAUCCCAAGCCACCAACAAAUUUGGAACUAGUCAAUACUCUCAUACAAAUAGUGUUUGAUGCAAUUGUUGUUUAUCUAUUUGGUGCUAGGAUUUUGGGUUAUUUGAUAUAUGGCUCUGUGAUGGCAAUGGGUCUUCAUCCGGUAGCAGGCCAUUUUGUGAGUGAGCAUUACAUGUUCAAAAAGGGAUAUGAAACAUAUAGUUACUAUGGCCCUUUGAAUUGGAUCACAUUCAAUGUUGGUUACCACAAUGAACACCAUGAUUUUCCAGCAGUUCCAGGUUCUAGACUCCCAGAGGUGAAGAGAAUUGCUCCAGAGUUUUAUGAUGAUUUGCCACAGCAUGAUAGUUGGACAGCAGUUUUGUAUGAUUUUAUUAUGGAUCCAGAUGUUGGUCCAUAUGCAAGGAUAAAAAGAAAAUCUAAAGGACUGAAGUCAUAAUUUUAACCAGAAAUAGUAUAAAUAUAUUUAUAUUGUUAUUGAACAAUUUUAAUAACAGUGCUUUAAUUGAAAAGUAUU